UCCCGCGCGGCGAUCCGGCACUUACCGCCUCGCGCCCUUGUAUUGUGCGCGUUCCGAGAUCAAACAACAAACCAACCUCGCAGAUGCAUCCUGCAAGUGUUUCUCUGUGAAAUCUGGAUUUAAACCGUGCUAAUAUGGGUGGACUAGUGUUGUUAUUAGUGUUAUUCGCCGGUCUGGUGACCGCCGACAGGAAAUUGACCAUCUAUGAGCGACUUCGGGAGGACGCGGACCUCUCGCAGUUUCUUGCGUUACUGGAGCGUAACCUGAUAGCAAAUUCAACGCUGCAGCUCCGACAGAUGACACUGUUCGCGCCCACCAACCAGGCCUUCCAGAGAUAUAAUGGAGAAAUGGAUGACAACCUCGUCCUUUAUCAUAUAGCAAACCUUGCAAUAACGCUUACGAAUUUGGACUACGCGAUAUCGUCGGAACUGGACGGGAAUCCGCCAUUAUGGGUGACAAGGCCGAGGGACGUCGCGCACGAUGACAUUUAUGUCAAUAACGCUAAAGUCGACGUGUCCAGGUCUUACCAGUCUGUCAAUAAGAAUGGAAAGCGGCAGGUACUUCACGUGAUCGAUCAAGUGUUGCAGCCCCUCCAGCCGCACGGCUCCACCAGUAAUCCGGUUUACAACCCCAACGCGUAUCAGUUUCUAGAACAUUCCGACGUGUUUAAUAUAGGACAGCAUAGACUCAGAUCGUUUAGGCAAAAGGUGAAUCAACUAAAAAAGAAGGAGGUACUUAACGCUGAUGGUAGACACACUUUCUUUAUUCCAGUCGAUGAAGGCUUCAAGCCAACGACACGUUCCGAUCUCAUUGAUGAGAAAGUGGUGGAUGGCCACGUCAUACCACAUCACGUGCUGUUCACGCAGGCCACUGAAGAUAGCAAAGAGUUCGAGACUUUGGCCUUUAGUGAUAAUGUUAAAGUCACCAUUUCGUUUAGCACAACCGUUAACGGGAACGAAGAAAUCACAUAUGUUAAAUCGAAUACUGUAGCGGGCGACACGAAACACAGCAAAGGCGUGGUGAUGGCUGACAUCGUUCGAGCCAACAUCCCGGUCAAGAAUGGAGUGGUUCAUCUCAUCCAGAGACCUUUGAUGGUCGUCGAUACAUCCGUCAUCGACUUUCUAAAGGCAAUGAAGGGGAUUGAAAAAGAAGACGGCCCUCUCUCCAAGUUUUAUGAAGUUAUCAUGGAUUUAGGACCUAAUAACCCAUUUUUGAAUGAGCUUAUGAACGCUAAGGACGUCACACUUUUCGGCCCAUCCAAUGACGCGUGGAAUGAGCGCAGCGUCCAACAUAUUGUUAGGAAUCAUCAAAAACUAAAAGAAAUAUUAAAUUUACAUCUCGUUCGAGAGAGAUUACCGAUGGACCUCAUACUGCAAAAUAACCAGAAUCAGCUGCCAGGAAAAAUAUACCAAGCUCCGACGGCUUUGCCUCGCAAGUACUUGUACUUCAACGUGCUUCAGUAUGGGCACAAUCAGACUCUGACAGUGGAAGGUGGCGGCGUCAACGCCACUGUGACACAGCCGAAUAUAGCCGCUACGAAUGGCUUUGUGCAUAUAAUAGAUAGAGUUCUUGGAGUCCCUUACACAACCGUAUUCGAGAAACUAAAAACGGAUCCCAUGCUCAACAUCACAUACAGUCUCGGCAAGCGGCAGAUGUUCAACCAUCCCCUGAACGAUAUGGAACACCGGUACACUUACUUCGUCCCAAGAGAUCACGCUUGGAUGAAAUUCCAAAUCAGACAUCCUUCUGCAUUCAAGGCUCUCUUCCGAGAAGAUUAUGGAUACUUUACGAAACAACUUCUCGAAAGGCACGUGAUUAGGGCGUCUCGUGCGUAUACCGUGUCGGACCUGAAGCUACUCGCGAACGAAACGCAUCCUUUCGUGUUACCCACUACACGGGACCCGCUCAAACUGCGCGUCAAGGAAUCUGACAAGAAUUACUACGUGGAAUGGAACGGCCACUGGAUCCAUGUGUUCAGACCGGAUGUGGAGUGUACAAAUGGUAUCAUUCACGUCAUCGACGAACCCUUCAUCCUUGAGAGUGAUAUCAGAGCUACCGGUAGUGCUGACAAUCUUCAAAUUGCCAAUACUUUCUUUUUACUUUUAGCGUCCUAUCUUUUUGUGAGAGUCCUAGAGUUUUAAUACAAUUUAUCCCGUUUUUCAUUCCACGAAACAAUUCUACUUCCAAGUAAUUGUUUUGUAAGGACACACUUUUUGAAUUAUGAAACCAUUAAACUGAAGUAGCGGAAUUUUCCUAAAUGUUUUGAUCGUUAAUUUCAAUUGAUAUAGUUUUGAAUCUCAAUUAAUACUUUGCUUGAAUUUGUGUUUUGACUUACCGUACUUCCGUUUGUAUUAUGUGCGCAAUAACUAAAUAUAAAUUAUGUA